UAAUGCCUCAAACAUAUCAGUGAGUUAUGGUGCUUUCAUGUAAAUGGCUAAACAGCUCGAACUAUUCGACUCGCUCAACCUUACUGGGAAUGUGCGCAACAGUAGUACUAGGAGUGCUGUUUUUUGGCAACAAGUCGCGCUAUAUUCAAGAUAAUCUACCCGUUUUGAGCCAGUAUCGAAAUACAAUGGAUGAAUCUGAGUUUGGAGACGAAGUGGAUGAAGAUCCGUUCAAGUAUCUACCUCCAGAAAGCGAGUUAAAAGCGACAGCGGCGGCACAAAUGAAGUUGAUGAAAUUCAUUGCAAAUGAGAAAAACUCUAUCCCAAAAAUGGAAAGUUUGAUCAAUAAAAAGGUCAAAUUGAAAGAAGUCAAGUGCGAACUGCCAAAAACAUUCAUCAGCAAAAAUUGUGCCCAUAUUGAGGAAAAGGCGACUGAGAAGAUAGCGGGCGUGGACCUUUUCUUCAUCUCGACCGAGUGCAGUGACUCUUUGGAUAACGGGAAGCCCUGGAUUAUAUUCCUUCAUGGGGCCAAGUUUUCCUCCAAAAACUGGGUAGACAUCAAUUUGUUGAGAAUGACGGCUAAACUCGGCUUCAAUAAUAUCGCCAUUGACUUGCCAGGAUAUGGUAAAACCGAGAGAAGCAGCGCGGCAGUUGACGACUCGCAGUUCAUAGAAGCAGUUGUACGCCAUUUUGGAUUCAAACAAUACAUUGUUGUCAGUCCUUCGAUGAGCGGUCAAUUUUCUAUGCCAUUGCUGCAAAAAAAGCUAAAGGAAUUGGUUGGCUUCGUCGCAGUCGCCCCAGUCAACACAGCUCUAGUCAUCAACGAGGCCGAAUCGAUCAAGACGCCUACUUUGGUGAUCGUUGGCGACAAAGAUCGCACACUGGGUGCUGAGUCAGUCGAUAAUUUGUCCAAACUGAAGAAGAGCAAAGUUGUAAAACUGGCAGAUGCUGGACAUGCGUGCUAUCUGGACAAACCAGAAGAGUUCAUGAGCGAGUUCUUCCAAUUUCUCAUGUGCGACGUCGUAUAUUGAACAAUUUUGGAAAAAAAUUGUCCAUGAUGUUUUGAAAUCAAAACUAAACUAAACAAGAAGCGUCUUCACAAAAUUGAUUAACCAAACAAAAGCUUUCUUUAGUAUCCACCUUGAACUCGAAAUUCUGAUUUUUUAGCUGUUUGUACAUAAUUUUUCAGAUUACGAAAAGGAGAAAAUGUGCUGUAAAUAAACGGGCUGCCUACAAUAUGUAUGCCAGGUAUACGCAUUUUGUAUCAUGUAAACUCAAAUUGAUUAUAAUGUUUAGUUUCAUCUAUAUACACUGACGCACUUGCAUCCUUAUUAAAGCAGCUGUGUUAUUUUUCUUAUAAUCCGAAAAAAAUUUACACAUUACUCCAAGAA